UUCGUCGAAUUAGUGUACUAUUCACCUGCAGUAAAAAGAAAUACUGAAUUCGAUUACUUUGAACGCGUGACGAAUUGUUUGACUGAUUUGGGUUUAUUACGUCGAUAGCGCGUUUUGGUUUUACUUAUUAGACGCGCGAGCCUGUAAUACACUGGAGCCGCCAGCGCAUUUUACAGAAAUUUUAUAUACGAGUAAUGCAUGUGAACUGUGAUUACUGCCGGAUGCCCGGUCCAUUCAAACAGAAAAAACUGGUUCUCACGAAAUGUUUUUUAUUAAUGUUUCUCGUUUGGUUUUAAUUUGCAAGUAUCAAAGUAACAAAUUUUAAUCAAAGGCUCAGUUCUUAUAACCUCCCGGUAUUCGAUAGUAGUGUAUCGUACCGAAUUUGCACAUGGUUAGAUGCGUUACAUUACAGGCAGCCGGAUGUCAACUACUGCCUUGUAAGAUCGGUCAACAAUAAAUCUGUUGGUUAAGGUUUUGCUUGACCGAUUACUGUCUUUGCCACUUUGGUAUGGAUACUGUGCCACGAAAUUGUACGCAGAUUCCUGACAUUUUUCCUUGCACAUGGGCACAUGUCACAAUCACCUCCAGUAAUCAGCGACAUUCUAAUUACCGACAUUCCCUAGAUGCGGUUUCCGUAUGUCUUGUGCAUAAUAAUCCCACGCCUGAAUAUUGCGACGGAAUGCCGAAGAACUGUCCCGAUAUUUCCCGUGUGGUUUUCCCAUCUGUUCCCGCGGUGUGCGUGCCAUCCUGUGAUCGCCUCAGUCCGUGUUCCGCGGAAGUUGUGACGCCCCGGCAGUCAGCUGAUCCCGAGGAAUCUCCCUGCCCGUGCGCCACCUCCAUCUCCUUCACCCCCGCGAACCCCGCAGAGGGAUGUGGCGGCGCACUGACAGCAACAGCAGCAGCAGAGGAGGACGCUGCCACGCUGCAACCGAGUCAGCGCAAUUGCUUACAACUCGCUGAACCAGCGGCCGCGCGGGUCCGCUCCCGCAGUUUCGGGUCGGGAUUGUGUUUGCGCGAUUAUUCGGGUCUGAUGAAUUUACCCUCCCGACGAUCUCCGUCGCCCAAGCCUGGCUUACAAGGACCGCUGCGAGCGCGGUAUUACUGGGCCCUUGUGCGUCAAUACAUCUACUGUUCCUUCGCUAUACAGGGCGACAAACGAAAGCCCUGGGUUCAGCUAGCCGGACACAAAGAUUCCUUUCAGACAGGAAAGGAAGUCGGAACUGUGCUGAAAAAGAUGUGCCCGGAAGAACUGCACUGUCUGACCGAGUUAAUGAACGAUUCGCUAAAGUCGUUCGUACCUCUCUACCUGGGCAUGGUGACGGAUGUUACCAGUAGACAGGAUUAUAUGAUCAUGCGAGAUCUCCUAAUUGGAUUUGACCCUGCGGUAUCCGUUAUGGAUUGCAAAAUUGGCAUCAGAACCUAUCUGGAAGAUGAAUUAACCAAAGCCAGGAAAAAACCAGAAUUGAGACCGGAUAUGUAUCAGAAAAUGAUUGAACUGGAUAGAAACGCUCCGACUGCAGAAGAGCAUGCGCAGAAAGCUGUGACAAAACCACGUUACAUGCAAUGGAGAGAAACUCUCAGCUCAAGUGCAAGUUUGGGAUUUCGAGUUGAAGGAAUUAAGAAACUUGAUGGGUUCUCGUCCAAAGAUUUUAAAUUUACCAAAAGUCGACAGGAUGUUAUUACGACCUUGAAAAUGUUUACGGACUGCAAUAAGGACGUCAUCCAAAUGUACAUUUUGCGGUUAAGGGUACUCAAAAAAGCUUUAUUGGAAUCCCGAUUUUUUGCGGCUCAUGAGGUUAUCGGCACUUCGUUAUUGUUUAUUCACGACAAGGACAAUCUGGCUGGCAUAUGGAUGAUUGACUUUGCUAAAACUGUGCCCUUGCCCGCUGACGUUCACGUUGAUCAUGUGCGUCCCUGGGAAGAAGGAAAUCAUGAGGACGGCUAUCUUUUCGGUUUGAACAAUCUCAUUGAUUGUUUCGAAGAACUUCAGCGUCAAUUGGAGUUGACCAAAUCCGUAUGAUCCCAAAGAUUCCAUUCCGAGGUACACAUUCGAAUAGUUCGCUAACCGAUCUUCACUUCCGGAAAAUGCCACUUGUAUUACUUCAUCUAUCUUUCUCUAUGAACUAAAGCCACCGACUGGUUGAAAUAUUUUCCGUAAAAUACUUUAUUGGUCGGCUUCCAUGUUGAUCCAGUGCCUUUUUGUAUUUGUUCCUCAGUGAUUGUUGACCGGUUUCCGAUGAGAUAGUGUGUUUGUAUUUAUCAAUUGUGAAGAUUAGAAACGUAUUGUUCGUUUGCUCUGUGAUUACUCUUACCUAUGCGACUUGUGAAUUCAGAAAGCAAAACGUAUUUUCACCACUGAAUUUGUCUUUUCCGUU